UCGUUGGUUUUACCAACAACGGUAUUUUUCUAAGCGAGUGCACUCAACAUUGCAGCCAUUUCUGUCAUCGGGCUGUUUCCUGUUUUUCUACGUUGUUUGAGAGAAGUCUCUCCUGUCCGGAACACAUUUAGGGGUGACAACAACUCAGAUUUUCCUCUCGUUUUCUCGGCUGGCUUGUUUGCCAGCUGAAUCUCGUCGGGAUGGACCCAGCAAGCCGAUACCAAGUGUUGCACAAUGAGGACGACUCUUCAGAGGCUUCAACCAGCGAGCAGCAGCCGUGUACUUCUGCCACAGCCCAGGCUGGUACAUCCAGCCAGAGCCAGGCCAGCAUGGCGACUAGCGCAGCAGCAGAGGAAGCGUCGGGAUCAAGGACUCAGGGGGAAGCAGAGGAAGAGGCCCCUCCACCCCCUUACGCCUCCAUUGACCUGGGAGCAACCGCUGCAGCACCCGAGACUAGUUACCGAGUUGACUUCCCGGUGCCUCCGCCCUACAGCGUCGCCACCUCCCUGCCCACAUAUGACGAAGCCGAGAAGGCCAAAGCGGCAGCACUGGCUACCUCCACUGUAGAGGUGAUGCCACGGGAUGAUGAAUUCCCCCCUAGAGAUGAUUUCAGUGACGCUGAUCAGCUUCGAGUUGGGAACGAUGGAAUCUUCAUGUUGGCCUUUUUCAUGGCCUUCCUGUUCAACUGGAUCGGGUUCUGCCUGUCCUUCUGUCUGACCAAUACCAUUGCAGGACGCUACGGAGCCAUCUGCGGCUUCGGCCUCUCCCUCAUCAAGUGGAUUCUUAUCGUCAGAUUCUCCGACUACUUCACCGGAUACUUUAAUGGUCAGUACUGGCUCUGGUGGAUCUUCCUGUUGCUCGGCCUCCUGCUGUUCUUCAGGGGUUUCGUGAACUAUCUUAAAGUCCGCAACAUGUCCGAGAAUAUGGCCACCUCUCAUCGAACACGCCUCUUCUUCCUCUACUAAAAGGUUUCCACACCAUCACCAUUCCUUUCCGAUGUGAAGUCACCCGUUUCCCCCCCCCCCCCCCCCACCCCUUUGAUUAACCUGAGCGAGGAGCCUUGCAGUGAAGAUAGGAAACGGGGAAGGAAUGAAGGAAAGACGUAGGGAGAAAGUGUUACCAGUCUCAUUAGAAGCAUAACACAGCUCACUCUGAACUUCUGAACCAGGCUGGAAAAUAAGUCUCUGAUGAUCAGAUCUCUUCCCUUUCUUUGUUUUUCAUUUCCCUUUGAUUCAAAGCUCUUAACACAGUUUGAAAGCCUCACGUAUGUGACAUGUCUCUCAAGAGUAGUGCUUUUAAAAUACAUGACCUUAGUUACCAUAUCCAAUAGUUGAAGAGACGCGGAAACAUUACACGAAAGCACAAUGACAUUUCUUUAAGCCAACAUCGUAAAUGUAAGAAACACAAAACUUACUGUAGCUCAUUUGCUAUUAUAUUGCUUUCCCUGCGUAAACAAACAAGACAUCAGUAUUAUCAGCUUACGUUUGGAACAUUAGAAUAGACAAUGUGCCGGAAGUGGAAACCUUCUCUGAGCCUUUGAUAUUUAAAUCUCCCCGUCAGCUUUGCCUUAUUCGCCCGACUUCAGUGACAAAGAGGAUUUGAAGCAGAGUGCAGCCCGUUUGACCACAUUACAAAACAUCUUGGAGCAGUUUCAGCACUGGUCUUCGCCAUUCCACAUUUAAGUUCAGGGAGUUUUGAACAAGUCUGACUUUAACCGCGAUGUAGCAUUUGCACGCCAUCAUUAGCACCGCGUCCACUUUAGCUGACAUCUAACAUCUCCGCCCCCUGAAAUAAUUAGGAAGCCACGAGGAAGGAUCGGAGGUUUUCAUCUUGAGGACACUCAAGUUUACAUAUCACAGACCCGUCAGACUCGUCAGAGCUUAUUCCCUUUACUGUGACCUGACAACACGUGGCACAGGACAGAAAACAGCUUUGGAUACAUUGAAACUAUUUCUUAAUGUUCAAUUUUUUGAGACAACCAAUCGGUUAAAUUAGGAAUUUUUAACUUGCUGAAACAGGAAACAACAUUCUUUUUGAUACUCUGAGUCACUGGCAGUCAAAUAUGCACAACAUUUAUAUGGAUACAUGUGCACAAACAUCUAGAGAUAUUGCUUUAUUUUGCUUUCUUUGCCUUUUUUAAUAACAAUUAUCAUGCUGACCUGACCUAUGCAGUAAAGAUGUUCGUCCAUCAUGACAUUUUUAGAGGAAGAGUGCAACAUUGAAUCAAAGAAAAAUGAAAAGCGUCUGCCUAACUACCAAAACCAAAACUUAAUCAAAUCAUUUUUUCACUUUUUUUUUUUAAAUGGGGUUCAGUUUCUCACUACAGAUCUGCUUUUUCUUCUUCUCAAACUCCAACCUGAUUGCCAAAAUACAUCUGGCGAAACGGUAUUUGUGAGCCACUGAGGAGCGCAGCUAAUCAGUGGAGGCUCCUUGGACAAAUGAGUGUUUUUAGGCCACGCAGGCUGCUCCAGUCAGAUCGGUGGAAAAUGGCCCAAAGGCAGGACUUUGGGAAGUGAGCUUCAUCUCCUGCUUCAGUGGGACGGAUAAUAAUAAUACAACUGUUGCGUGCCAGGCUUGAGUUAAAACCCUUUGGAAUAAAAGAGUCGUAUGCAAUUGAGUUAUUUGUGAUGACCUACAAUAAUCCAAAGUCCUGUGAGCGUGGGAUAGGUGUAGUCGAAUAGUGUAUUCAUUUGAGAUUGAGUCCACAGAUAAAGCUGAGUGUGCGUGCGUGUGUACUGCACACACUUGCCAACAAAAUAAUUUAAAUGACCAGUAAAUCGGUAAUAAAAUGUGUGUGAUGCUCCAUGUUCAUGCAGAGGAACCCAACACAUGAUCCCUCUCUGAGAGUUCAGCUUUUAUAAUCGGGCUUCUUUUCAUGGCGCGAGAAGCUUUCUGGUGAUGUGGCUCUUAUCAGGACGAGAACACGAUCAGCAGAUGUUGGAACAGCGAUGAAGCCAGGAGAUGCCGUCCGGUGUGAGCUUGUGCGCCGUGAAAAUGACGGCCUGACUGGACAAAGAGAAACAUGCUUUUUGAUUAUUUUUGUCAUCACUGGAAAUUAAAUGUAUAUACCAGCUUAUGCCAAUUCAUAAUAUUUGCACUUUGAAGAACUUUCUGUACAGUAUGAUUUGUGAAUCUGCUUAACUUGUUGUGGUGGAUAGAGAACAACUGGAAUUCUUAAUCAUCCCAAAUGGAUAAUUUGCCUUUUGCACUUUUUCUUUCUUUCUUUUUUUUAUGAUAAUAUUGUUAUUGUGUGUCUUGUUUCAUUGCUUUUAGCCUAAACUGUGACAGCUUAAGUAUUGCCCAACUUUUUGAAAUGUUUUUUUUUCUCUUCCGACUCUAAAGCGUCUUUCAGCAAUAUCAAGGACUUUUUAACGAAUUAAAGCUCUGCCGCAUGAUUUCUCCACCUGAACGAGUGGGGUGAUAUAAGAUUAAUCUAGAUUUCUUUGUUUGUAAAUAAAUGAAGAGAAAAUGAGACGGCAGCCAAGCUUUUUUUUUUUGUCCAAGAUAAUCCUUGUAUCGUCUCAUGAAACAGUUGUUAUGCAUUUAUUGUAACUGGAAUUAAAUUGAUUAAUGAUUUCUUGCAAAAAUGCCAAUAAAGUUCAAAAGCCUGGCGGUUAAGUUUCA